CAACGAGAGAUCAUCAUGUCUGGACGUGGCAAAGGAGGUAAAGGUCUGGGGAAAGGAGGCGCCAAGCGUCACCGCAAAGUUCUCCGCGACAACAUCCAGGGCAUUACCAAGCCCGCCAUCCGCCGUCUGGCUCGCCGCGGCGGAGUCAAGCGCAUCUCCGGACUCAUCUACGAGGAGACCCGCGGAGUGCUCAAGGUCUUCCUGGAGAACGUCAUCCGCGACGCCGUCACCUACACCGAGCACGCCAAGAGGAAGACGGUCACCGCCAUGGAUGUGGUCUACGCUCUCAAGAGGCAGGGACGCACCCUCUACGGCUUCGGAGGCUAAACACCAACGACUACAACAACACAAAGGCUCUUUUCAGAGCCACCCACAACGCACUCAAGAGCUCGUUCUUGUUUUAUGUUAUUCAGUCACUAGUAUUAACAGAUAGGCACUGCCAGGAAUUUUGGCCGCCCUUUCUUAGAAGAAGGGAAAAAAGAAUACUCUGUUUAAUUUGAAUAGUUUUUACCUAA